GAGUUUAUUUAUUUCUUUUGAUUUGUUGUGAAUCUUGUGUGUAAAAUUAAAAUAGCCAGGAGAUUCUUCUCUGAAUAUCAAUGGAUGUGGAGGUGAGUUUCUCUGUUGCUGUUAUUGUGAUUGUGUCUUUAGCAGUAGUGGUGAUGAUGAGAAGAAGGGCGGAGCGGCGAUUGGCGCCGGGGCGGAUGGGUCUGCCGUGGAUCGGCGAGACCAUAGAUUUCUACAAAGCGCAGAAGAAGAACAGACUGUACGAGGAUUUCAUCCGAGCGCGGAUGCUGAAGCACGGCCCCACCUUCAAGACGAGGCUGAUGGGGCAUCCGACGGUGGUGGUGAGCGGCGCCGAGGCCAACAAGUUGUUCCUCUCCAACGAGUUCAAGCUAGUGGUGAGCUCGUGGCCGUCGUCGUCCGUGCAGUUGAUGGGAGUGAACUCCAUCAUGGAGAAGCAAGGGGAGGCGCACCGCUGCCUGCGUGCCAUCAUCGCCACCACCCUUAGCUCCUCCGGCCUCGACAAUCUCGUCCCGAGAAUAUGCACCACCGUCACCAUGCACUUGGACACAUACUGGAAUCCUGAUGCUGGGACUGGGGACAAAACUCUUAGUCUCUAUGGGCUAACAAAACUUUUGACGUUUACUGUUGUGCUGGAAUGCUUGCUGGGGAUUGACGUCCGACCUGGGAUGCUGGAAAUGUUCGAGAAGGUUCUAGAAGGGGUGUUCGCCGCCCCUUUCAGCUUCCCCGGCUCCAAGUUCUCCCGGGCCAAGAAGGCCAGGAAGGAGAUACAGGAGAUGCUCAUGGAGAUUGUUAGGAAUAAGAGGGCCCAAAUGGAACAGCAAGAGAGUGAGAGUGAUGGGGGAGGGAUUCUGCUCUGCAAAUUUGUUGCUGCCAUGAUCCGCGGUGAGAUUACUGAGGCCGAGGUGGCUGAUAACAUCGUGCUGCUCGUCUUUGCAGCUCACGAUACCACCUCCUUUGCCAUUGCCAUGACCUUCAGGAUGCUGGCUCAUCACCCUAACUGCUAUGCUCUCCUUCACAAAGAACAAGACGAAAUCAUGCGCAGCAAGACCGGAGCAGACGAAGGUCUGACGUACGAAGACACGAAGAAGAUGAACUACACGUGGCAAGUUGCGCGCGAGAGCAUCAGGAUUUUCCCUCCAAUUUUCGGGUCUUUCAGAAAAGCAAUCCAAGAUAUUGAAUUCGAUGGAUACACAAUCCCCAAAGGCUGGAAGGUGCUGUGGACAGCAUACGGAACACACUAUGAUCCCAAGUACUUUGAGGAUCCGUUGAGCUUCGAACCGGGUAGAUUCAACGACCCGGUUCAGCCAUUCGCGUACGUUCCGUUCGGUGGAGGGCCAAGGCUGUGUGCAGGAUACCAAUUGGCAAAGCUCAACAUACUUAUAUUUGUACACUAUGUUGUGACUAGGUAUAAUUGGACACUAGAGAAUCUUGACGAGCCAAUUACAGUAGAUCCUCUCCCAUUUCCUUCUCAAGGAAUGCCAAUUAGGAUAUCUCCCAAGUCGCAAUGAAUACAUUA